AUCAAAGCAAAAGAAGAGAAUCACAUUGACAUUUCAAAAAACAAGAGUCUUUUUGUCUUCUGCAUUUUGGAGGUUUCACUUGUUUAAAUUUGUGUUGAUGGAGUGGAAGACACAAAGAUUAUGGUUUAUGAAGAAAAAUCCUCUGUUUUACUCUCUCUUCUCCAUCUCCAUCUUCUUCUCCUUCUCUGCUUUGGCGCUUCUGGGCACUAUCAGUACCCAAACAACUCCUUGUUUAGAUCAUAUAAGGUGUGGAAUGACUAGUACUCAACCAGACUUUUACAUUCAGGAAUUUGAGAUGUUCACAGACAAAAUGAAGGGUGAAGAGUUGAUAAUGUCCAAAGGCCACAAGAGGGAGGAGGUCUCACUGAGUUUGGGUAGAACAAGGAGACUAUUGAGCGGGCCCGGAUCAUCGCCGCCACGGUGUGCAUCAAAGUGCGGGAAGUGCACGCCGUGCAAGCCGGUUCACGUGCCGGUGCCACCAGGGACUCCGGUGACGGCGGAGUACUACCCGGAGGCUUGGAGGUGCAAAUGUGGCAACAAGUUGUAUAUGCCCUAGUGCUUCUUAAAUAUUAUUUUAUGAAUAUUUUCUCAUUUACUUUACUAUAUAUAUAUCAUUUUUAAUUACUAGUAUAUUGAAGACACUUUUGUUGUCCCCUUUUUAGAGGGAUUGGAUAUUGAAGAGAACACAGGAGAGAGAGAGGGAGAGCAUAGAGCUUGGUUUAUGUAAAAACAAAAAAA